AUGUCUCCAAAGAAUUUUGGAAGACUGCUGAUCAUAAGAUAUUUAAUUUUUUGGUUCUUAGUGAUAGUCUGCUCCUCUGAUUUGGAUGUUGUUCAGGAGAAUAAUGUAAAAAUAGUUCGAGCUGGAGAGGAUGUGAACUUUACUUGCACAUUUUCAAAUGUUCUGCAAGUGACAAAAGCAUGGUUUAAACAGACGGCUGAUGGAAAAUCCUUACAAAUUGUCUCUUUAUAUUUAUAUCAACCACCCAGUUGGAAUAAGGACUUUGAGAAAACAAAUCGUUUUUAUGUUAUUAAAGAAAAUGAUCAUUUCAAUCUGACCAUUUUAAAUGUAAAUCCUUCAGACACAGCAACGUACUUCUGUGUAGUCUCGGCAUAUAACAUCAUCAGAAUGGGUGCAGGAUCCAGAUUACUUGUCAGAGAUGCAGCCAUGGGUAGAAACACAACUCUUCAACAGUCUUUGAUAGACACGCUUCAUCCAGGGGAUUCUGUGAGUUUGCAGUGCAGCAUCUUCACUGAGAGUUGUGCAGAAGAACACAAUGUCUACUGGUUCAGACAAAGCUCAGGAGAAUCUCAGGGAGUGCUUUACACAAAAGGAGAGAGAAAUGGUCAGUGUGAGAACAGCACUGAGUCUCAAACACAGAGCUGUGUCUACAGUCUCUUCAAGAGAAAUGUCAGUCAAUCUGAUGCUGGAAUUUAUUACUGUGCUGUGGCCGCAUGUGGAGACAUACUGUUUGGAAAAGGAACCAAACUAAAUGUUACAGAGAGUGUUGAUGUGAAUGCAGCCCUGCUUGUUUUAAACAUCCUAUUUUUGACUUUAACUGUUUUUCUGGCCAUAAAACUAUGUCAGGAUCCAAAGAAAGGUAAGGUUUAAUUUUGGCACACAAUAAUAGAAUUAUAUUUUAUAUAAAAUGCAAUAAUUGACACUACAAAUAUAUUAUAUUUGAUUGCUUUUUAAUGACUUUUUUAUUCAUCCAUAAUCAACAAAUCUCUAGAGUGUCAAGUAAGUGCUUACAUUUAUGAUUGUGAUUUCAAAUUAUUUAAAUCAUGUAAUUACUGUCAGGUUUAUUAAUGCAAGUGAUUAUGCUGAUUUGUCUUCUUAAGACUCAACUUUACAUUAUAUGCGACAUUUUAGUAUCUGAUCUUUGUUUCCUUUACAUCAUUAUUGUAGGGUGAAGACAUUCUGAGUUAUGUGGCACACAGUUCUUUCAUGGCAAACGAAACCAAAGUAAAGAUUAGUGAAGAACACUCUCUUGUGACAUACAGCAUGUAUACUAAAAACAGUCUAUAAUAGCUAAAGGCUAUUAAAAACAGCAGUUUUUAGCUCAUGGCUAAAUGCUGCAUAAGUUUAAUGGGUAAAACAUUCUUACAUUUUCAGUACUGCUUUGUAACAGUGUACAAUAUACAAACCAGAUUUUCAGUUUUUUCUUUUAAAUGUAAUAUGUAAUUUUAUUUUUAACAUGUUAUCUGAGUUUCACAUAUAGUUGGCAGCAUGUACACAUGGCCAUCUAAAUACAACAGAAAUCCAACUACAGAUGUGUGCUCUGUUUAUUUACUUUACAGUAUAUUAGGUUUUUGACUCUUGAUUGUAUAUCAAAUCUGAUGAUUUAUCUCAAAGUACAUGGCACAAAUUCCUUUUCAUAAUGUAGGAUGUGUAAUUUAAAAAGUAUUUUUGCAUAAGUGGUAUUAUAUGUGAAAUUAUGCAUGGUCUGUUAUAUCAGUACAUACGUGUUUGUAA